GAAUUUCUUUUGUUGAUUUUGACAGCGCGGCGAGUGGCGCCGAGGUAGAGAGUGGUUCGGUUGACAGAAGCAGAAGAAAUACCCGGUGUGGCAGGAGUGAUUCGAAAUGAGGAGGAGAAAGGCGAUCAGGCCAGGUGAACUGGUGAGGAAGUACUGGUUCCUGUUCGGGAUAUUGGGAUGCAUACUGCUCGCUGAGUUGGCCCCCAGUCUGGGUGCCAGUGGCGGCCCACUCGCUCCCGAAGUUACAGUGAAGUAUGGAGCAAUUGCUGUGAUAUUUUUCUUGAGCGGAAUGUCACUGAACAUUGUGGAUAUGAAGAGAGCUGUUGUCCAGUUUAAACUUCAUGCUUUCAUCCAAUUGUUUACAUUCCUCUUUGUUCCGCUUUGUGUUAGAUUGAUCACCUUUGCUCUGAAAUUAUUUGGUAUCAAUGAAUGGGUUUUGAAAGGCCUGAUUACUGUUAGUGUAAUGCCACCUCCAGUGUCUACUGCUGUCAUAUUGACCAAGGCAGUGGGCGGCAAUGAAGCUGGUGCGGUGUUCAACUCUGCUCUCGGAAGCUUUCUAGGCAUCAUUGUCACUCCUCUAUGUUUAUUGUUGUUUCUGGGUUCUUCUACUGUGGUGCCUUUUCGGAGUACUAUUGUUCAACUAGGUGUCACAGUGGUCAUACCACUUCUAGUAGGCCAAGCAGUCCGAGCAAUCGGCAUGUUGCAUCACACUGAUUUGCCUACUUCUGAAAUAGGUCAAGUGGCCCUUCUGUUGAUUAUCUACACAACAUUUUGUGAUGCAUUCCUUGAACACGAUGCAGGAAUGGAUCCUGUUGACAUUCUCGUAACUGUCAUGUUAGUUGUCAUCAUUCAGCUUCUUCUAAUGUACCUCGCCUGGAACAUCUCUGGACUUACAAAAAUGUUCAGCACUCCUGAUAGAGCUGCUAUAACUUUCUGUUGCUCUCAUAAAUCACUUACCCUUGGAAUCCCAAUCCUACGAAUUUUGUUUGCUGGCUACUCUCACUUCUCAUCUAUUUCCUUGCCAUUAUUAGUCUAUCAUCCUGCUCAGAUAAUCAUAGGAAGCUUAUUGGUUUCUGAAAUGCGGGAAUGGAUACGAACUCAUCAAAAGCGGUCUUUUCUCCCACCUUGAAUGGAGAGGAAUUGUGUGUUCUGACUUGGCCUCAGCUUAGGACUUCAGAGGAUCUUUUAAAAUUUUAUUUAUUAUUUCUAGAUAUGUAUUACGAGUUUAUGAAUUUUUUGCAUUUAUAAUGUACUUAAGUUUAGUUUUGUAUAACCAUUUUGUAUUUGGUUUUUCUUUGUUUUCCAUGAGCCUUACUCAUGAGUGACUGACUGCCUGAUCAAGUUUAUAUUCAUAACUUUUUGUUAUUAUUAAUUGUUUUACUUCAUGUGGCUGUGAUUACAUGGUGUUUUUACAAAAUUGA